UAUUUAUAUUAUUACCAUGGGUUCAAAUUUUGUUAUAUAGUCUCUUUAAUUAUUAAAAUAAAAGCAGUGCUCAAGAUAAUCUCAUUCCAAGACACCCAGUAAUUCAUUUUUUUAAUUCGAAUUAAUUGAUAUUUUAACAUUUGCAAUGACAGCCAAAACUCGUUCGCAUUGGAAGGAAUAUGGAACCGCACUAUGUGCGACACUCAUCACCGCUACCGCGGGAACCUGCUACGGUUGGCCGUCGCCGACCUUGCCUUACUUACGGUCCAAGGAGAGUUCUAUACCGACCUCACAAGACGAGGGAUCAUGGAUAGUAUCUAUCAUGAUCCUCUGCUCUGCGCUCACGCCCAUACCUUCUGCGUACUUCGCCGACAGAUUUGGUCGAAAGACUACGCUACUAUUAGGUGCUAUCCCCUUCAUCAUGGGCUGGGUGCUGGUCAUAGUGGCGAAGUCUGUCGCGGUGCUGUACGUCGCCAGAAUGUUCUCCGGUCUGGGCUACGGCAUCGUGUAUACCGUCGCCCCCAUGUACACAGGAGAGAUCGCCACAAACGAAGUCAGAGGCGCGCUAUCCACUCUCAUUACAUUAAUGAAUAAGGUCGGUAUUCUUGCCCAGUACUGCAUUGGACCUUUUGUAGACAUGCGUACUCUCGCCGCCAUCAACUUGAUCCUGCCGAUCACAUUCGUGCUCACAUUUAUCUUUCUACCAGAAUCGCCCUACUACUAUUUGAAAUUCGAACGCACCGAAAGAGCCGAAAGAUCGCUAAGAAAUCUCCGCACCGGCGAUAUCAGGCUCGAACUUAAGAACAUUGAAAUAAACGUCCAAGAAGACAUGAAGAAUAAAGGCUCGUGGGGCGAUUUGAUAUUCGAAGCUACUAAUAGAAAAGCCAUGUGGAUAAGUAUAGGAGUGUUCACCAUCCAGCAGUUGUGCGGUAGUGCCGCAGUUGUAGCGUACGCACAAACAAUAUUUAAGAGUACCGAAAGUAAAAUAGAGCCGUACCAAGAAUCGAUAAUACUCGGUUGCGUUCAAGUGGCUACAUGUAUGCUAUCGGUACUUCUGGUGGAUCGCGUCGGUCGGAAACCGCUACUCCUGCUGUCUGCGCUAGGUGUAGGCCUGAUGAAUGGCACCAUAGGGACUUACUUCUACUUCAGCGUGUGGCACAAGAGUUCUAUAGGGCAGCUGCACUGGGUCCCCCUAGCGGCCAUCGUAAUCUACAUCGUGUGCUACGCCAUCGGGCUGUCGACAGUACCCUACGUCAUCAUCGGGGAGAUGUUCCCCACCAACGUGAAGCUGUACGCCUCCUGCAUCGCACACAUCUACACAGGCUUCUCUAUGUUCGCAGUCCAGAAAUUAUUCCAGGUUGUGUCCGACUCCUGGGGUAUUUACACAGCGUUCUGGGGCUUCGCGGCGUUCUCGCUCCUCGGCCUGGUCUACAUGUUGAUAGCAUUACCAGAAACUAAAGGAAAAUCCUUCGCCAACAUUCAGGCAGGACUCAAGAGGGAUGUGGCCCGCGACAACGCGAGCAAACUGAUGACUGUCGAGUAUUAAACGUAGCUAAUAAGCUAU